AUGUCAUGUAUAAUUCGAUGUUCUGGUAAAGAUGUAUCUAAGUCUAUAUCAGUAUUAUUAGGAAAUGAUAUUACUAUUCCUUGUCAAAUUUUACCCGUUGAAGAAUCCCCUCUUGUCUUGUGGGAAAAGAUUUGGCCAUUACCAGAGUUUCAACUAUUAACCUAUAAUGACAGAACAACUAAUAAUAGUAAAUAUGUAACUAUCAGAAAUAAUAGUUUAAUUAUAAGACGAGUUACAUUGAAAGAUGAAGGGGUUUAUCAGUGUGAAAUUGGGGAUGUGAAAUAUAAAGUCUCCCUAAACGUCUCAGUCUCAAUGACAUUGUUGGAAUUAACAUAUGACGGAAGUUUGCCGUUUACAGCUGGUACAGCAGUGGCCUUAAUAUGUAGAUCAACCCACAGCAGACCACCAGCAGACUUGAGAUGGUUUCACGGUAUAGCAGAUGUGACAAUAAAGGCUUCAAAAACUUUAAAAAAAUUAACCGAUGAAAACGGUUUUGGGAAUUCAGAAGGUAUACUAUCUGUAUUAAUUAAAGAUGAGCAAUCUGAUAUACCAUAUAGAUGUAUAGCUGAUCUACCAGGACACCAUACAGUUAAAACUGUCUUUUUAUUUCCUCUUACGACGUGUUUUGGGAAUUCAGAAGGUAUACUAUCUGUAUUAAUUAAAGAUGAGCAAUCUGAUAUACCAUAUAGAUGUAUAGCUGAUCUACCAGGACACCAUACAGUUAAAACUGUCUUUUUAUUAUCUCUUACGACGUCUUCAUCAUCUGGUAUAACAAGUUGGUAUACUUGGUUGAUAAUCUUCUUUCUUUCACUAUUUUAUUAG